AUGCAUCAGUUAUCGUCCGAAGUUAAAGACAAUGAGAAAGAGAUACGACAGCUCAGUGCUCAGAUUUCUGCGCUAGAGAUGAUUGCGAGUCAGUAUGAAGUAUGCCUGCCGAAGGCUCUCAAAGUGCCACCUUUGCAAAUUCUGCUUGAUGACUGCUUCUCAUCGUUCGUUGAAAAGGUGGACUUCUCAUCGUAUGCAACCAUUACGCGAACCUUGCUCACAUGGGUAGAGCAAAUUGCAGCUCAUAACGAUCAAUUUAAGAAGACGGCUGGGCACAUGGUUACUCUCCCGUUUACACAGCGCUGA